AUGGCGGCGAAUGGCACUGCAAACCUCGGCAACUGGAUUGCCGACUCGUCUGACGCUGUGCUCAAGAGGAAUGAGCCUCUACAUGACUGGCCGGCGUUGACGGUUACCCUACCGUUUGGCACACGAGCUUCGCGCCUGGUUGCCUCCCUCGCUCGUCUUGGCGCCGUUAUGGAUACCAAAAACGAGAGCAAAGCUGCACAGCAGCGGCUUGCGAUGGAGAUCCAGCGCCUGCGUUACCUUCUUGAGUACUGUUGGGUGGAUCCUAAUGGGCCGGAGGCAGACUGGGCGUACCGUGUCAAGUUUUGGGAGAGUCAGAUGAAGGACUUUGAGUUCGCUCCUGAGGAACCGGCCGCUUUUGCCGCCGGUUCAGUCUUACACUCCAUGGCCCUUGCAAUGCGCUGCUUGCAUAAAGAACCAGGAACAGGGACUUUGUGGAAGUGUGUGGUUGCCUAUGUUGACGAUGUCAAGUGUCUGUAG